CACUCGCUGAGACUCUGUCUCUAUAGGUGAUCGCUACUGGUCGUAUCUCCACUGCGCGGUAUUGUCUGCAACAAUGGGAUGGCACAAGAAGUGGAUGCAAAAUGGAGCAACCAACUGGAGAAACCAUAUAUAUGGUGCUGAUGAUAGAGGUGCUGGCUCACAUUGAAGUCUCUGAAUUCAUUCCAAAUUGAGUGCUGUGAGGGAGGAUGAGAUAUGAGAAUCUGUCUCACAAUGUGCGAGGGAAGAUGAGAGUGCUGCAAGGGAGGAUGAGACAGAGCUAUCUGUAAUGCAAUGCAUUAUGUGGGGACAGUCAUUUAACUCAGGUAGAAUUAGGAGUUCAAUUAAGGAGACGGUCUGUCCACUCACUGCACAAUCACUUUGGGAACGCGACAUCAUGGUGCAACUUGGUGUGAUGUUUAUAAGCAGACAGUAAAAUCAAAGAAACUGAUAUAUAUAGGUUUCAGACUAGAGCGC